CACACACACACACACACACACACACACACAGUCAGCUGUUCUGAGCUAUGUCAGAAGAUGACGGAUACAGUUGUAGUGGAAGGACAAGUUAAAUUCAGAGAUGGGAAAAAGUGGAAGAGUCGUUGGGUCGCGUUGCGGAAGCCGUCCCCAGUCGCAGACUGCCUCUCUCUCCUGGUCUACCGGGAUAAGUCCGAUAAGGUCAGGGGUCGUCGUGAGCGGCUGCAGAUGACCUUGGAGGGGAUCUGUGGAGUGGAGCCGGGGUUAGGGUACGACGGGGUGGCCUACACCCUCACCAUCCUCUGUCUGGGACACACUGUGGGACUGGGCUUCGACAGCAGAGAGGGGCUGACGGCAUGGGACGCUAGGCUGAGAUACAGACUGGGAGAAGUCCACAGGUUCAGUGUAGGCGUUCAGCCAGGAACUAAGCUAGAGAGUGGUCCCGCCUCCCUGCACCUGUGCAACAACCUACUGGUCCUCACUAGGGACCUCCCCCCGGCCGUGAUUGGCCAGUGGAAGCUGUCAGAGCUGCGUCGCUAUGGCGACGUGCCCAAUGGCUUUGUGUUUGAGGGCGGCACUAGAUGUGGAUACUGGGCUGGUGUGUUCUUCCUGUCCUGUUCAGAAGGAGAGCAGAUCAGUUUCCUGUUUGACUGUAUAGUCAGAGGCAUCUCUCCAAGUAGAACACCUAGUGGCCUCAGACCUAACCUACCAGAUCCCAGUGCUAGCCGGUCCUCCUCAGAGGAGAGGAUCAACCAUGAAACAUCGGAUCUAGAGAGAAGACUCAGCAUGCUGUCUCACAGCAGUAGACAGAGCAGUACAGCCUCCACCUCCAGUUACAGCACCUCCGUUGCCGGGGACGACCGCAGCAGUAUCUCUUCCUCUACCUCCAGCCAAUCAGACGCCAGCUACGGAAGCCACUUCCCUUUAUGGCCAGAGCCAAAACGCCCCACUUCCUCAACCGAGACCCUGUCGGCCCCUCCCACUGCGAGGUCCUCGACCAAUCUGGACGAGGAUCUCUAUAACGCUGUCAUGAACCGCACUCCUUUCAAACCGCCUUCCCACUCUCGCAGUCUCCACGACAGCGGGCGCCAAAGCUCGUUGGACAGCGGGAUAGGCGUCGCCACGGCCAGCAGCCAAUCAUCUUACUCUGGGAGCUUCUCUUCCUGUACGGGCAGCCUGGACACAGCCAGUCAAGGAGGAGGGGAGGAGUUUGGGUCUGUCCUUAGUCUACCUCCCUCUCUUCUCUCUCUGCCUCCUCCUCCUCCCUCUCUACCUCCUCUUCCUCCACCCAUUCUACCUCCUCCACCUCCUCCUCUGUCCUUAAGGACCCCUGAGCCCGGCCCUCUCUCCCCCCCUACUCCCGGCUCCUGCCUCCCGUCUUGCUCCUCCUCCUCCAGGACUAGUGGUUGUAGCUCUGGCGCCCCCUGGUGUCAGAGUGAGGAGUACCAGGCACCCAGCCUUCUCAGACUACAGUAUGACAGCCCCAGGAACCUCCUGCACACACUGGCCUUCAAGGAUCCUCCACCCCAGGGAGGAGCACUCGAACUGGGCAGGGACAGGAGGCUCGGUGGGGAUGGAGAUCAAGGACAGAUCCAGGGGCAUGAGUGUCCUUCCCUUCCUUCCACCCCCACUGAGGCCUCUCUCCAGUGGGUAGAGACCCUGAGGCAGGCCCCCGUAGAAAGGCUCCUGUCCUGGAGCAGUGAGAGAGCGCCCCCUGUGGACAGUGGUGAUCGGUGCAGCAUCAUGUCCGCUCGGCUCACACCCAGACCUCUGCUGUUACCUGGCUGUCCAGUGUGUGGAGGAACCCAGAGUCAUCAUCCCUGUAUAGAUCACAACUACAUUACCCAUGAGCAAUGGUUCUCAGCUAGAAAGAGACAUGUUACGCAGGUAAGAUGACCCGUCGUGUGGUUAUUGACAGUAGGG